GUACUCACAUUCUCGUCUCCUUUGCGCCCGUAUCUUCACUCCUGAAGAUGUCACGCGCUACAGGAGCCGAUUUACCGUUGGAAAUGCUGUCAUCCAUCUUGAAUUGUCUCUUGCCAGACCUUGGUACUGAUCGGAAAUACUCCCUACGGGCACAGAACGUGAAGCGCGGGGUCGUUGCGCCUAGCCUCGUAUGCAAGCAUUGGGCGAAAGCGAUCAGACCUAUCCUCUUCCGACAACUCAUCUUGCGCAAUGCAGAAGAUGUACAGUUCCUGAAGAACAUCGUCUACAGCCCCCACUUCACGACCUCAUCUCUGUCCGGGGCCAUCAAAUUCAUACACAUCUAUUAUGAAGCUGCGAAGGGGAAACCAUGGUUUCACCACGUCCAUGGGCUUUCGACCAGGCUCCGCGGCGCAACAUUCCAAUGCAUUGUCACGAGCCGCGCACAAGAUCCUGGAUCGACGGUCGCCGCUUGGAUCCCAUUCAAAUCGAUCCCGAGAGUCACCCCAUCCUACGUCCGACUCUCUGCCCUCGCUCUGCAGAACCUCACGUUGACGAACACGACCGAGCUCGCACGGCUCGUUGACAGCCUCUCCACGCUCGAGCGCUGCGACUGCAACGGACUCACCUUCCUUGAUCCAUCACCGGUUGUCCAGUCACGCAGAUUUGGAGCUCGUCGACGUGCUUCAUCGGCCCUCUCCUCCUUUGAGAUAAAGCAUCCUAAGAAUACGGCGGUCUCCCUCCAAGCAGUGCUGGCUGCUGAUAUCCUCGAGCCUGGUCGUCGGAUGGGCCUUGACGACCGUACAUGGGACGCAGCCUUUCAGCUUGCGUUGGCACUAAAGGAAUCCGAGGUCGCGGGUGUGACACUCAAGCGUGGGAACGGCGAUAUGUUUGACAUGGCGACAAUCUCUUGCUCCUCAGGUCGCUAUUCUUAUUUGGCCUUUGGGCGCAAUUCUAUCAAUGUCGACAUUAAGGUUUGCCGACCAAAUGCGGACCAGGGUGCAGGGUCUCCACUCGCACAUAUCGAGAGCAUCACUCUGCGCCUCUCAUCGAGCGAUCUCGAGGUCGCGAACACUCUCCCUUGGGAUGGCUUGCGACCCGUGGUUGACUCCCCGCACAUGCAUCGCCUUUGUAUUGCAGAUGGCAUGCUGCCCCACCAAAGCUACGAAGCCACGAAGAGGAUCUUGUGCUCCGUGUUGCGCCGCACGCAGCUGACCUGGGCUCUCGAGUCGCGCAAACUGCAGUUCAGCAAUUUUGAUCACAGCAUCACGAGUGAAGACAUCUUGUCCGUACCGACGGAGCACACCAUCGACGGCACCACAAUCACUCUCGACAUCGCCGAACAAGCCGAGUGGUUGCUGCCCGCGUCGCGUCCCGGGCUCUCUGACAUUGACGCUACAAGGAAUCAGUACCUACGGAGGCUCGUAGCCACACGCACGAGCAGAGCGUCCAUCGUGACGGACACGAGCUCGGGAAUUGCGCGAUCCACCGCAGAUAGCACUCAACACACGGUGGCGCUCGAGCAGGCUGCGGAGGUGCCGGAGGCUGAUGUGCAGGGGAGCGAAGCGUAUGAGGGAGGGGGGAGCGGCGGCGGAAAUGGAAAGGUCGGGCCGUGGACGAAGGACGAGCACGGACGUUGGGCACUAGCGGAGCAUGCUGUCGGGCGGGCGAGCGGGCUUUGGGACAUGGAUGAGUUGCGGGCAAAUUGAGGAUGAUGCGGAAAUCAGAGAAGAACAGGAUCUGGAACCAGAGGACACUCCGCAUAGUCCUACCUGGAUGUGGGGACAUAUGAUGUUGGAGGCUGUAUUCAUUGAGACAGCAUU